AAAGACGCGCCCCCGUCCCUCCUCUCUGUCACCCGCUUCUCCCCUGCUGCGUGUGUGCAGCUCAGCUCAGCGUGGUUGGCCUGGGAGAGUGAGGGAGGGUGAGUGAGUGAGUGAGUGAGCGGUGUGUUGUAGUUUAUCCAAUGCGGAUUUCACAGUCACCGACUGCCUGCUCGAAAAGCCUCGGAUCCUCCAGGAUAGGCCGGGAUCGCCGCUGAAAGCCUUUUAACUUUACGGCUUUUUUUUUUUUUUUAAUUUUGUCUUAUUUUUUUUAAAUUUAUUUUUUGUUUUUACUAACAACAAAAGACCCGCAGUGAUCUGGAGACUCUUAAAAGCAGGACGAAGAUGCGGGGAAGAGACUUGUCCCUACGCCGCUAGGCUGAUCCCGGCAGAGGGGAGAGAGCUGAUCUGUGUCUGCGGCAGGAGUUUUGAGAGGAAAGCAGCGGCAGCAGAAAGGCGAGGAUGCUCGGCGGUCAGGGCGAGAGAUGAGCAGCGGACAUGGAGCGCCCUGAGAGUCGUGACAGAGAAGAGGAGCCCUCCCUGGCAUAGCUGCCUCUUCUCUCCUUCAGCCUGCUGAUCCCCUACCCUCCUUUUUUUAAACUUGUGGAGUAUUUGUUUUUGCUUUCGUCACAUUUCACCAUGACAACCUCCGCCCUGCGACGACAGGUGAAGAACAUUGUGCACAACUAUUCAGAAGCAGAGAUCAAGGUACGCGAGGCCACUUCCAACGAUCCAUGGGGCCCGUCGUCGUCUCUCAUGUCAGAAAUCGCUGACCUGACCUUCAACGUCGUGGCGUUCGCCGAGGUCAUGGGGAUGGUGUGGAAACGGCUCAACGACAGCGGCAAGAACUGGAGGCACGUCUACAAGGCGCUGACUCUGCUGGAUUACCUGCUGAAGACGGGAUCGGAGAGGGUAGCCCAGCAGUGCCGGGAAAAUGCAUUCACCAUUCAGACCCUGCGCGACUUCCAGUACGUGGAUCGGGACGGCAGAGACCAGGGGGCGAACGUUAGAGAAAAAGCGCGACAGCUGGUGUGUCUGCUGAAGGACGAGGACCGACUGCGCCAGGAGAGGAGUCAGGCGCUGAAGACCAAGGAGCGAAUGGCCGGGGGAGGAACGGGAGGGGGUAGUGGGGGUGGGGUUGGCGGCGGUGGCGGCAGCGGUGGCGGCGUGUACGGAGGUAUUCCUCCAUCAUAUCACCCUGGCAGACGUACAAGUCAGCCCAGCAUGGCUGUGCUGUACGGGGAGGAAUUCAGCCGCUCCAGAGGCUCGCCGUGCUCCUUCAACUCCUCGGCCUCGUCUCCCCGCGCCGCUUCAGACCUGGAGCAGGCCCGGCCUCAGACCAGCGGGGAGGAGGAGCUGCAGCUCCAGCUGGCGUUAGCCAUGAGCAGAGAGGAGAGUCAGAAGGAACAGCGCUGUCGCCAAGGAGACGACUCCCUGUUACAGAAGGCCCUGGACGAGAGCAGGAGAGAGAGCCAGUCAGAGAUGCACGAGUCUGCCAUGUUGGAACUGGUGGACAUAUUUGGAUCCUCGUCCGAGCCGCAGCCUCCCUCCAGCGACCCUUGGACAGCAGCUCAGCCUUCUUGUAACAUCUCCUCCAACCCCUGGGACUCUGUAGCAGUUCAGUCCAGCACUCCUGUGAUUAAUAGCCCCUGGGUGGCUCCAUCCUCCUCCUCCUCUAACAUGGCCAAUCCUUGGGCUCCGUGUACCAACUCACACCCGGAUCCUUGGGAAGCGGCACCUGCCCUCUCCAGUCCUCUUAAUAAUGCGUGGGACAGCCCAACAGAUGGUGAACAGGAAGGGACUGAUCCGUUCACUGCACAGGAAGAAGAAAAGCCUCAGCAGGAAGUUCCCAAAGCGUCCUCUCCGGAGCCCGCCAGCCCAACAGAUGCGGAGAUGUUUGCAGAUAGAAACGAGUCUGAACUCUUUCCUGAACUAGACUCCAACUCGGAUCCGUUUAAACCGGACCCACCAGCGAAACACCAGAUGAACGGUCGCAAGUCGGCCAGCCCGGAGAUGUUUGACCUCUCCCGUUUGGCGCCGCCUCUCAGCGCCCCGCCCGUUCGUGUGUGCCGGACUCCGGAGGCCUUCCUCGGACCCACAGGGGCCUCGCUGGUGAAUCUGGAGACUCUGAUUCCCCCGAAACCCCCUACGAAGAUGCAGAAUAACCCCUUCCUGUCAGGUCUGAGUGCACCGUCUCCCAACAACCCCUUCCACUGCGACCAGCCGCGGCUCACCCUCAACCAGAUGCGACCCUCGUCCACGUCUCCGCUGCCCCCUCACAUGCUGCCCUACAGCCCGUCGCUGCCCCUCCCUCUGCUCCACCAGCCCCCCGUCCUCCCCUCCUCCCUCACACAGCCUCCCUCUGGGCUCCUGGACCUGCCCUCUAACCUCCCCCAGCCGCUGCUGCCUCUCUCUCCUCGACCGGCACCUCGCGUUCAGACGCAAACGCACAGCCACAACCCUUUCCUUUGAGGCCGCUGCGGCACACAACCCGUGGACUCUUGAGGGAACGAUGUACGCCAGCUGCGGUAAACCUGUUGUAAAAGAGUGUGAACUGAUUUGUGGUCUGAUGUCAUUAACUUUCAGUGGAUGUAACAGAUCCAUACGGUGAAUCCGUGUCUGUCUAAAGACACGUCAGCUGCUAUAAAACCUAAACUCACUCUUUCAUGCACUCAAGCGUGCCUCAGGAUGCAUAAACACAAACACAACAACAAACUGACGGACUGUAUCUGAAAAGUCUGGUCUUUUUUUUUUUUUUGUGUGUGUGUCCUCUCAUCAACUUUGACGCUCCAAGCCCCGCCCCCCUCUGACCGCACCGCCAGACCGCUCCGUUUCAUGAAGCAACACUCUCUGAUUGUCCCCCAAGCGUCACUGGGAUCUUUGCUGCUGCUUCACCGACAAAAGCAUGAAUGCGUUUUACUCACAAGCCUGCAAGCGACGAUGUUCUUCUGAGAACCGGAGAUGAUGUACUUUUUAAUCUGAUGAUUUGAUCAGUAUGUUAAGCUUUCCGUUAGUGGAGGAGGCCCCAAACUGUGAGAUAUCAGAAAGCACAGAGCACAAAUUGAACUCAUGGACUCUCCUUCCUUUAGAUUACGACAUACAAUGUUGUGAAAAAGUACUUGCCUUCAUUAUAGAUCUCUUCACCUUUUGCUUUUUUGUCGUACCUAAAAUGUUUUGAUCACUAACAUUUUAGUAACGCCUCAAGAUAAACUGCAAAUAUAAAACACAGUAUUCAAAUUUGAAAAAGUAAUGGCUUCCUAAACUGAUUCACUGGCAGCAGUCAGGAGGAAGCAACUAGAAACUUAUUGAUUGCUGGUUGUGAGCCUUUUUCAUUACCUGGAGGAAUUUUGCCCCACUCUUCUUCGCAGAAUUGUUUAAUUUAGUAACAAUUGGAUGUCUGCUUAAAGUCGUCCUUCAGCAUCUCAACACAGGGUGUCUGCACAUCCUUAAAAAAUCUUAAGUUGAUGCAUCGAUCUAAAAUUAAGGCCUUAAAAUAUCUUAAAUUUGUUUUGAAAAUGUAAGUUGGCCUUAAAUAUGUAAAUUGCAGGUCUUAAAUUAUUGCACGUUUUUUAUGUCUUUGUUUUGUUUUCAGGACUUUUUUAUCAGGCGUCUCCAUUGUGGUCUGUGACCCGAGACGGUUGAGGCUGCUAUUAACUAGCUGCUAAUAUACUCUUGCUAGCUGGUUAGCUUUGCUGCUUCCAUCAUGGGUAAGUGGAAAUUUAGCGCCAUUUAAUUGUUGAAUUUGACGAUAAAUUUGAAUUCAUAGUUGCAUUAGUCAUGGACCAUUGGACCACCCCAGACCAUUGCACUGCCACCAUGUUUGAUUAGCAACCCAUCAAGGUGUGAUGGGAUGCCACUUUAUCUCAUGUUGUUAGAGAGGUUCGGUUUUUUCAGUUUCUUGAUAAAUUCAACUCUUCAGAUCUGGCAUUAAUCAGGCUCUGGUGUUAAACCAAAAAUAAGUGAUUUAUCCCAUUGAGAUUUAACAUAGGUUGCAAUUAUAUCUUUUGGCUUGGGUAGCUUUCUUCCUUAAUAAAUGAGGUCUGCUCUCUAUAGUUUCUUUUCUCUGUGUCUAAAAAUAAUGUAAUGAUCCUAAAUAUUUAGGAGUGACAAAGAUGCAAAAAUAGAUCAGUUUUGUGAGGGUGCAAAUACUUUUUCACGGCAUUGUAAAAUCGCCAUUACCUUUAAUAUCCUGAACUUUCCUCAGCAUCUUGUUCUAAGUUAACUCUGUCUCAUGUCAUUUGAAAGCAAAUGGUCCCUUCUGGACCUGAGGUAAGCCAGCGUACGAUUGAUUUUGCUACCUAACUGUGGACCUACUUAAAUCUCUGAUUGUAUCCGUGCCUGUUUCCACUGAUUGCCCAAACUUCACUCCCUUGAAGCCGCUGUAGAGGACUUCUGGAAGAAACUGUCACUCCUGUAAUGGGAUUCAACCGAAGCUAAUGAAAUUGAUGGAACUUAACUACAGAAAUCAAAUUACAGUCAGAUCAUAUACCUUACUUCAGAUGAAAUGCCUGAUGAGAAAGUAGGUAAAAGCGUAAAAGAACUGAUAACAGAUGUGAAGAUCUUGGCACACUGGCAGUUUGACAAUAAGAGGAUCAGAGAAAAAUCACACGAUGAGACAAUUUAUCACUGCACUGAACCUGGACUUGAAUGUGUAACGCCUGCCUAUAAACACAUACAGGCUUGGUACAUAUGUAUCUACUGAAAAAUAUAUUGCUGUAUUAUGAAAUAUUAUACCAAUAAACAGCUAGUGUUUGCA